UGUGUUGUUUCUCUGCCUUAUUAUUUUUUAUCACACACAUUUUGUUGCGUGCCAAAAUGUCCAACAAGGCUACAACACACACAUAUAUAUAAAUACAGAUAUAUCAAUACACACAACAUAUUCCAUAUAAGCUCGUCAAUGUGCUUAACUUAGACUCAUUUUGUUGAAAACUACAAGUAUAUAUCUCAAAUAUUGCGCAAGCUUAGGCAAAAAUGACCAACAUGACCAACUUUUUGGCUUUGAUGAUGCUCAUUUCAUUUAUGUUCCUCAUUUCUGGAACAACCUCAACACAAUUUAUAUUCAAAAACAAUUGCCCCCAUUUCGUAUGGCCAGGGAUCUUAACCGGCAGCGGGCCUCCGUUACCAUCUACCGGGUUCUCUUUGAGGCCCGGUGCUUCCUUCACUUUGGGUGCCCUCCCUUCUUGGUCGGGUCGCAUUUGGGCUCGCACACGUUGCUCUCAAAAUGCUGCCACACAUAGGUUUGUUUGUCACACCGCGGAUUGUGCAUCAGGCCAGGUAUCUUGCAAUGGAGCAGGGGCAAUCCCUCCGGCCAGUCUAGUAGAAUUCACCCUAAACGGGAACGCAAAUUUAGAUUUCUACGACGUAAGCCUAGUUGACGGAUAUAAUCUUCCGAUAUCAGUGGUACCAACAAACGGCGGUUGUAGGCGAACAGGUUGCCCCGUCGAUAUAAACAGAUCAUGUCCACCAGAGUUGCAAGUUAAACGUCGUAGGGGUGGUGUAAUUGCAUGCAAGAGUGCAUGCUUAGCCUUCAAUAGGCCAGAGUUUUGUUGCACAGGAGCAAAUGGUACGCCACAAACUUGCCCACCAACGAGAUAUUCCAACUUAUUUAAGGAUCUUUGUCCUCAAGCUUAUAGUUAUGCUUAUGAUGAUAAGACUAGCACUUUUACAUGUCCUAGUGGUUCAAGUGAUUAUAUUAUCACCUUUUGCCCUUAGUUAGAUUGUGUCACAUGAGAAACAUCUAUUAUAUCUAUACUAAUAUAUAUUAUAUAUUAAAAGGCGUUCUUAAGAACGUAUAUUGUCA